CCGCUGAGCCAGUAUUGCACCAAAUGAUCUUAUAUUGUAUAUGUAGCUAAAUGCGAUUUUGUGUGCGAUGGUCUUUACUGGCAGUAAGCGAUGUCAUUGAGAGUUUGAGAGAUUAGAUUAAAGUUGCGUUUCGGGUACGCGUUAUCAGCGUUAUUUUAUCAUAUAUUACUAAGUUUAUCGGUCAUUGGAUAUAAAAUAAAAAACACUGCAUGAACAGUGCGAGAAGUUCAGCUAAAGAGAACAGGUCUUACGUAUGUAAUCAGUAAAUCAGUAGCUCACAGUUAUGUUUGAGUUUGAUACAAAGUUUUCAAGAUUGUGCUUAUCACAACAAAUAUAAAAAUAAAAAACGCCUACUGUUAGUUAUUAACGAUAAAGUGACUUUACACAGUUUUCUAUCAACUUAUUUGAUUAAUAGCAAAGCGACUAUGGAAAAGAAAAGAGAAGUACCAUCUUUUAUGAGGAAAUGUUUAGCAGUCGAUGCUUAUUUAACCGAUGUUAUUGCCAAAUGGGCAGAACAGUCUUCAUAUUUGAAGCAAUUGAAAAUAUAUCACAAAGUCUUGUGGAUAUCAUCUCAUGCCAUAGUAUGGUUAAUGACUAACCUUGCUUUGAUUUGGAUCAUUGCCAAUCCAAAUUUAUAUCAGAUGCAAGUUAAUCUUAUGUUAGGACUGAUACUUGACAUUAUUGUAAUUGCUGUAUUGAAAGCAUUAACAAGAAGAAGGCGACCUUCAACUAACAACAGUCUCUCCUCUAAGAAAGAUUCUUUCCCAUCAGGACAUUCGGCACGUGCAGCUUUUGUAGUAUAUUUCUUCAUCAAUCUUUGGCCAGUGCACAUGAUAUGUGUACCUUCCUUGUUAGCAUGGUCCUUUUCAGUAUGCUUUUCUGCUCUUAUAAGCAGAAGCCAUCACAUAUUUGAUGUUGCAGCAGGAGUGGUUGUUGGUAUUUUUGAAGGUUUGCUCAUGGGUUAUUUAUAUUUAGAUCAAGAAACUUGUACAAAAUUUAUUUGGUGGAUUACUGAUGAGAAACUAUCCGGACCCGAUUAUGAUGUUUGAACAUUGAUUUGAAUUUUUUGUGUUAAAACUUUUAAUAGAAAUUAAGAGGUGUAUAUUGAUAAAGGAAGAGGCGCAAAAAUAACGUGUAAUAUAGAUAAAACUUAUUAUAAAUUACGAAAUGUAAAAUAUUUUAAUAUAUUUAAGUAUUUUUAUGAAACAUGUAUAUUUUCUUUUGCACCUUCGUUUAUGCGCACAUAAAACUAUGGCAGUUUCGAUGACAGUGUGUUUUGGAAGUAACAACUAAUUUUGUGUUUAUUUUUGGUGUCUUUUGUUUUUAAUUAUAAGCAUGUUGUACAUAACUUUUUAAAUGGUAUAUAAAACUCUUGUGUGUGAAAUAGUGGGGGAAUGUCCAAUUUUUUUGAUUUCAAACUUGUAUAACUUUGCAUAAUUAAUUACAUAUUCUUGUUAAUAACAAUGUGUGUAAAUCACACAUCGUGAAUUGUCGAUAGUAAUCCACUUCUCUUACCAAUUUUCUUCAACUAUACGUAGUCCUUGUAAUCUUUGCAGAAUGUCCCUUUAUUUGGAUUAUACAUUCUGAAAUAUCGAUGAGUAUCUUGAUGUUUACACCGAUGCAUGAUAGAUAUAUAUGUAUAUAUAUAUAUAUAUAGAUGUGCGCUUGAUACGUUUUCUUGUGUGAACAGUUGUCGAUAAAUGUAACUAUUUGCUAACGUAUUAGAGCCUUAUGUCUAUUCUACCUACACUGUGCAGUACGUAUCUCUUUUUCUAAUUAUCAUGCAUUUCUAGGAUGGUUUUUUGCGCGCAAGCCGUGUUGAUUUUUUUGUUCGCAUUACGCGUGCAUGUAAUACAUUCUAAUAAAUAUGAAUUAGUCGUUACUUUCAAGGCAAAAUACUGCGGGAAAUACUGCAGGUUUUUCACAUUUCUUUCCUAUCAUUAAAACAUAAAUAAAUAAAUAACAUAUUAUUAAUUUAAGUUUGAAGAAAUAUACAAGUGUGCUCUAAGAAUUAACAAAAAAUUGUAUAUGCAUAAAAUAAAGCGUAUUUUAUUACGCGCGCGCGUGUGCUCUGUUCUCCAUUUAUAAA